AUGGCAUCCUUCUCGAAUGUCUUCCCUCCGUUUCCUCGUAUUCUGCACUGCACACUGCCAGCAGAUUGUGGAGAACAAUUGAUCCCGCUUCACCUAAGGCUAGCCCAACUGAUGUUGGCUGCGGAAUAUUUGGAUGGUUCAGAACUUUCUUGUUUCUAUUUUUGUGAGAAAACUGGAAAGUUCAUGAGGAGUGAGAGAGUAGAUGGAGAACAUCUGGAACAUCCAGCUGGUCUGUCAAACCAUCAUGAUGAGGUAAGUGGUGCGAAAGAAUUGGAGGCCUCUGCAACACCUCUGACUAGGGAAGAGUUGAUUGAGCGGGAGAUUCGGAAACAUGAGCAAUUAUUAGUUCAUUGA